CCCUACGCCCGGCGGACCCUUCAGGCUCAAGUCCACCCAGAGCUCCAUUCAAAGUGCUGAGAUUCGGAUGAGAGCCACGUCCAGCUUCAUCCAGCACAGCAGACACGAGUUGAAGUAAAGGCAGCGGGGAAGGGCUUCAGGAGCCACUCCAGACUUGGGGAAUCACUUCUGGGAUCCUACUUUUGUCCGUAGAGUGGAUUUAGGACAAGAGGGAGCAAGUCUUGCAGAGAUAAAGAGGGGGGGACACCUGCAGCCAAGAUGGAGGUGAAGACGUCACUCCUAGACAACAUGAUCGGGGUGGGCGACAUGGUCCUCCUAGAGCCCCUGUCUGAAGACUCGUUCCUCGAAAACCUGAAGAAACGCUUUGACCACAAUGAGAUCUACACAUACAUCGGCAGUGUGGUGAUCUCUAUGAACCCCUACAGGUCCCUGCCCAUCUACACACCUGAAAAAGUGGAGGAGUACCGCAACAGAAACUUCUAUGAACUUAGUCCACACAUCUAUGCUUUGGCAGAUGAGGCCUACCGUUCACUGAGGGACCAGGACAAGGACCAGUGCAUUCUCAUCACAGGGGAGAGCGGGGCUGGGAAAACCGAGGCCAGUAAGCUGGUGAUGUCAUAUGUGGCAGCGGUGUGUGGGAAGGGCCAGGAGGUGAAUAAGGUCAAGGAACAGCUGCUGCAGUCCAAUCCCGUGCUGGAGGCCUUUGGAAAUGCCAAAACAGUGAGGAAUGAUAAUUCAUCCAGAUUUGGGAAGUACAUGGACAUUGAGUUUGACUUCAAAGGAGAUCCCCUGGGUGGAGUCAUCAGCAACUAUCUGCUGGAGAAGUCACGUGUGGUGAAACAGCCAAGGGGAGAGAGGAACUUCCACGUCUUUUAUCAGCUCUUGUCUGGAGCCUCCGACGAUACGCUCAAGAAGCUGAAGCUGCACCGGGACUUCAGCAAGUACAACUACCUGAGCCUGGACUCAGCCGUGGUCAAUGGGCUGGAUGAUGCGGCCAACUUUAGGACAGUCAGAAAUGCCAUGCAGAUCGUGGGCUUCAUGGAGGACGAGGUGCAGUCGGUGCUGGAGCUGGUGGCUGCCGUGCUGAAGCUCGGCAACAUCGAGUUCAAGCCGGAGUCGCGCUGUAACGGGACAGACGAGAGUCGCAUCAAAGACAAAAACGAUUUGAAGGAGAUGUGUGAGCUGCUGGGGAUCGAACAGUCGGUGCUGGAGAGAGCUUUCAGCUACCGUACAGUAGAGGCCAAGAUGGAGAAAGUCUCCACCACCCUGAACGUGGCCCAGGCCUACUAUGCCAGAGAUGCCCUGGCCAAAAAUCUCUACAGUCGUCUGUUUAGCUGGCUAGUUACCAGGAUCAACGAAAGCAUUAAAGCACAAGCUAAAACUCGGCACAAGGUCAUGGGUGUGCUGGACAUCUAUGGCUUUGAGAUAUUUGAGGAUGGAGACAACAGCUUUGAGCAGUUUAUCAUCAACUACUGCAACGAGAAGCUGCAGCAGAUCUUCAUUGAGCUGACCCUACGCGAGGAGCAGGAAGAAUAUGUCAGAGAGGGCAUCGAGUGGACCAACAUUGAAUAUUUCAACAAUGCCAUUAUCUGCGACCUCAUUGAGAAUAACCAGAAUGGCAUCUUGGCCAUGUUGGAUGAGGAGUGCCUGAGACCUGGGACAGUCACAGACGAGACCUUCCUGGACAAACUGAACACCAUCUGUGCUGAGCACCAGCACUUUGAGAGUCGCCUCAGCAAGAAUUCAAAGUUUCUCACCGACCACAGCCUGCCACACAGUUGCUUCCGCAUCCAGCACUAUGCCGGCAAGGUGCUGUACCGUGUCGAGGGAUUUGUAGACAAGAACAACGACCUGUUAUACCGAGACCUGUCACAGGCCAUGUACAAGGCCAACCACAGCCUCAUCAAACAGCUGUUCCCUGAGGGCAACCCUGCCAAAGUCAACCUGAAGAGACCACCCACUGCUGGAUUCCAGUUCAAAGCAUCAGUUGGCACGCUGAUGAGGAACCUGCAGACCAAGAACCCAAACUACAUCCGGUGCAUCAAGCCCAACGAUAAGAAGGCAUCCCACAUCUUCACCGAGUCCCUGGUCCGCCAUCAGCUGCGCUACCUGGGCCUGAUGGAGAAUGUCCGCGUGAGGAGAGCCGGCUACGCCUUCCGCCAGGCCUACGAGCCCUGUCUGGAACGCUACAAAAUGCUCUGCAAACGGACCUGGCCUCAUUGGAGAGGGCCUGCCAGGGAAGGAGUGGAGGUGCUGAUGACCGACCUCCCGGUUCCAGCAGAAGAGUUCUCCUAUGGCCGCUCCAAGAUCUUCAUCAGGAACCCAAGAACGCUCUUCUUCUUGGAGGAAAGGAGGAGGCAAUGCCUGCAAGACCUGGCCACUCUCAUUCAGAAGAUCUACCGUGGCUGGAAGUGCCGCAGUCAGUUCCUGCUGCUGAAAAAGAGUCAGAUAGUGGUGGCAGCAUGGUACCGCCGAUACGCACAACAAAAGAAAUACCAGAGGAUCAAGAGCGCCACCACUGUGGUGCAGUCCUACACCAGAGGAUGGCAGGCUCGCAAACUCCUGAGAGAGCUGAAGUAUCAGAAGAGAUGUGAAGAGGCAGUGACCACCAUUGCAGCCUACUGGCACGGCACCCAGGCUCGGAUGGAGCUGAGACGUCUAAAACAAGAAGCGCGGAAUAAACACGCUGUGACAGUAAUUUGGGCAUACUGGCAGGGAACCAAGGCCCGGAGAGAGCUGCGUCAGCUGAAGGAGGAGGCGAGGAAUAAACAUGCCGUAUCGGUCAUUUGGGCCGGCUGGCAGGGCACCAAGGCUCGCAGGGAGCUGAGGAGACUGAAGGAAGAGGCCAGGCGUAAGCACGCUGUCGCUGUGAUUUGGGCCUACUGGCAGGGACUCAAGGUCCGCCGAGAGUACAGGAAAUUCUUCAGGGCAAAUGCAGGAAAGAAGAUCUAUGAUUUCACCAUCCAGAGAAUUAUGCAAAAAUACUUCCUGGGUCUGAAGAGCACCGUGCCCUCCAUGUCACCCAUUGACAAGAACUGGCCUGCUCGGCCUUAUCUCUUCCUGGAUGGAGUCCACACACAGCUCCGGAGAAUCUUCCAUCUCUGGAGGUGCAAGAAAUACAGGAGCCAGUUCACAGAGGAGAGGAAAGCCGUGUACGAGGAGAAGCUGGAGGCGAGUGAGAUCUUCAAGGAUAAAAAGGCUCUCUACCCAAGCAGUGUGAGCCAGCCCUUCAAAGGAGACUACUUGGAGAUAAGCAAGAACCCCAAGUAUCAGAAACUCAGCAGCGCUAUGGAUGAGAAGGUUCUGCUGGCUGAUGUGGUUAACAAGAUUAACCGAGCUAAUGGCAAGGGAACAGCUCGAAUCUUCCUGCUGACUAAGAAGAGCGUCGUCCUGGCUGACCAGAAGACGGGCCAGGUGAAGGCCAGCGUCCCUCUGCCAGACCUCACUAGCGUGUCAGUCAGCACACAGAGUGACGGCUUCUUUGCACUCAAACUCAAGGAGGGGUCAGCUUCAGCCGUCAAAGGAGACUUCUUACUCAGCAGUGAGCACCUGAUCGAGAUCAUCACCAAACUCCACCGCAUCGGGGCCACGGCCGCAGACAGGGAGCAGCUCAACAUCGACAUCUCAGACGAGUUUCUGGUGCAGUUCAAGCAGGACAAAGUGUGCGUGAAAUUCAUCCAGGGAGCCCCCAAGAACGGCAACAGCGCGUGCUGCAAGCGCAAGAACAACCGCCUGCUGGAGGUGUCGGUGCCCACAACGGCGUAGUGCGCCCACCCCUCCCCCCGCCCGCUCUCUCUGCUUCCAGUGCUGCUCCUGAGCGCUCAGGUUGGGAGCGAUUUUAAAACAUAGAACCACCACCCACUCCGAAACUCUGGUCUCUAGAACCGUCACCCCCCCAGUGCCCACCCUGAGCCCAAAAAUGACAGUGCAGUUAUUUGGCUUGUUGUGUUGUUGUUUUUCCUUCAGUCUCUUCUUAACAGAUUUACUCUGGCACCACUAUAGCUGUAACCAUGUGCCACUUUCUUUUGGCAAAGAAAGCCUUUAUGUGGGUUGCAUGCCACAGAAAUUUGGUAAAAUGUUUCACUGGUUUUUUUUGUAAAACUGGGGUCAAGAGUUGAAGAUGGAUGUAAAGAAAAUCAUGGUGGAGCACAAGAGACUUCUGUACACCAGUGGUGAUGUUGAUAAUGAUUGUUCUGCCUGUAUGGUAAGUCAGUCUUCAGAGAAAAUGUCAUUAUGAGAACGUUGUGAUGAGCUUCAGCCUCAACUGGCCUUUACUCAUCUUUUUUUUUUUUUAAGCGGCUCUGGCUUUUAAGCACAUGGCUUAAAAUUUGAGAUGAACUGGGAACUUUUGGGCUUGGUCUGUCAGAGUUGAGUUUCUCUGAAGAAAGUGAAUACUGCACUUGUUUUCACCUCGGUGUAACCAACAGAGGAUGACCUGAAAAUGAAUUUGAUUGUAUGAUGUAUUAUUUUCUAUAUAUUUUCUCUCUG